CUGAAAAAAUGAAAUAAUUUUUCUCCUGUUUGCCACUGUCACCCCCACCCACCCUGACACCUUCACCGCGUUCGCAAUUUCUUCUCUAUAAUCCCUUAAUACUGACGCCAAACCCUUCUCCUUCUCACUGUCCCACCCCCAUCUUCUUCUUCAUCACUAUAUUUUCUUCCAUUUUCUCUGCUUCAAAUCUCUCAAUUUUCCGCCAUUGAUUUGAACCAAGAAAUCCCAUUAAGCAAAUACUACACCAAGUUUCAAGAAAGUUGUUUCACUUCUUCGAUCUCUGAAAACCAUGUUGGUAACUCGAACCAAAUCAAAGAUUUGGGUUCACAACAACAAUAUCUCCUGUCCUUCUUUCAAAGAUAUUCAAACCCUUUUCUCCGACGAUUCAAAUUGCAACUCACCCACUCCCAACAAAAAACCCAAUAUCUUCCAUCGUGUCCGCCGUGUUAGCGCCGUCCUUCGUGCUCUCUCAAUCCGACCCGGACCCGAUUUACCGCUCAAAACCCUCCUCGCACAACCAGAAUCUAAACUCAAGGAGACCCGUAAAUCGGACCCGUUGAUUCAAAUCCCUGGAGCUGAGAAAAAGAUAGUGAUCUACUUCACCAGCCUGAGAGUAAUCCGUUCUACAUUCGACGAUUGCAAAGCCGUUCGAUCGAUUCUCCGUAGCUUCCGGGUUUCGAUCGACGAACGAGAUGUGUCCAUGGAUGCUGGGUUUAUGGAAGAGUUAAAGACGAUAUUGGGUAUCCAUGAAAAGACGAAACCGUCCCUGCCGAGAGUUUUCAUCGGCGGGAGGUACAUUGGUGGUGCGGAGGAGAUUCGGCAGCUACAUGAAGCCGGUGAGCUGAAGAAGUACGUUGAAGGGCUGAUUCCGGCGGACUUAAGCACGUGUGAAGUGUGCGGCGGCCAUAGAUUUAUCCUCUGCGACGAAUGCAGUGGUAGCCACAAGUGUUAUAGCGAGAAAGGUGGAUUCAGAACUUGUACGAUUUGUAAUGAGAAUGGUUUGAUCAGGUGCCCAUCUUGUUACUAUGCCCCCAUUACACUAUGACUAGAUUAGCAAGCUCUAUAACUAUAUUUUAGACUAGUCAGAAAGUAUAAGCUGAAAAUGAAGAUGAAAACUUUAUACACUUCAUUUUCUUCUUCUGUUUAAUCUUUUAUUAGCAGCAGCUUUUUGUAUGUUUAAUCUCUAUUUCUCUUCUUCUUUUUCCCCCCCUUUUUGAUGGAGGUAGAGGGAAUUGGUGCAUUGGGUGUGUUUAUAUGCUAAGAAAGCAGCUUGAUUAGAUGCAAAAUGUGGUCAUCAAAAUGCUAUCUUUAGUUGAUUUUUCUUUGUAUUUUUCAAAGUUUGCUGUGCCUGGCAAAUUGUCAUUGAUUAGGGGCGACACUCUGUUCAACAAAAUGUUAGUGACUAGUGGCUUAGUCGUAGGCAUGAUCUGUAUAUCUGUGAUGAAAUUGAGUGAAUCUGAAAUUAUCUUUCUGAAAGUUGUUUAGCGUAAAGAUAAUGAGUACAAAACAACAACAACAUUUUCUGUGUAAUCUCACAUAGUGGGGUAUAUGUGAGGUACGGAGAGAAUAGAGUGUACGCAAAUCUUACUCUUGACUUUCUGAAGAAAACAAAAUAACGGAAGUGAAGAAGCCAUGACAAAAUACUAUUAGAUAACAAAAUAAGGGAAGUGAAGAAGCCAUGGCAAAAUACUAUUAGAUAACAUGGGUGAUGUCAAUCAAUCUUGCACAUUGCCUCAUUUGGGUUGGCUCGAAUUCUGCUUUCUGAAUAUUGACAUUGCUUGUGACCUAUUCUAUUGUAUGUGUUAGCAACUUUGAGGCAUGGCCAGAGCCUGUGUAUACCCCUAGACCCCUUCCAAAAUUAUCUAUUUCUCUUUUGUUUUACCAACGAU